GUGAAUGUAAAGAUCGUUUCGAAAUGUCUGGCCAUUCAGAAUGCCAGGCACUCAAGAGUAUGAAACUUCAGCGGCCGACCUCGCGAGCAUUGCUGAACUUCAAAUGAUCAAUUUGCGAAACAACCACAUGACAUGGUUCGACAUAUGCCCGAAAGACAACGUAGCUACAUUCCGUUGGAUGCAACAUCAACCUACCAUUGACGAAACUAUCACGCUCAAGGAGAUAGCUCAGCUCGUCGAGGAUCUCCGCGAAAGUCUCGCAGACCCUGAGGAAGUCAAACGCCUGAUGAAGGAGAUAGACAAGAAGGCAUCUGAUAUGUUCGAUGCGCAUCGGAGGCAAAUAGGACCUCAGCUUGAAAAAAAAGCCAUCAAGGAUAUAAUUGCAAAAGAAAGCCGGGAAAGACAAUUGAUAGUCCUCCGGAAAUCUAUUGAGGACUUACUAUCCGACGAAGCCCCAGAGGAGUAUUAUGUUAACGUUUCGGAAGAUGCAAUGUCUGUAAAUUCUCAGCCCCCAGACGUAUCCGUACAACAGGAUCAAUCAAUUAUGGCCACGAAGCUCCCGAGGGAACCUGAAGAGCCUACUCUGGACGUCUCGAUGCCAGAUCGUCCCAAGGAUGGCAAUGAAGCUCCAAGCUGGCAUCCCCUGAAAUAUGGCCCUGGGCUACUCCAUGAACCUCUGGAACGAGAUACUAUCUCGAGGAAGACCAUUAAGUGGGGUCGUGCUAGGGGCAACCUCUAUAUCAACAAGUAUGGCAGCCACGAAGCCCCGGUCUACCGAUGGUCUCACAUCCCAAUCGACCUUGCUUAUGCCAAGGAUCCUCCCGAGAAAGACAAUAUCUGCAACCGCAACAAUCGAUAUGGGGAAAUUAUCCAUCCUCGAACAGGUAAGUUGUUUUAUACCGCUGCGAAUGUCAAGGAGGUUCUCGGGGUGAUUGUGCAAGGUGACGGCUGUAGAGCGGCUGAUCUGAACGGUCUGGACCCAUCGCAUCCUACCAGCGACUGGGUUUAUUUAAUUAAGCGCACCCAUGCAGGAGGACAUCGAGCAGACCUCGUCGAGAAUCCGAAGCUCCCGAAGUCCCCGUAUUCAGCAGCAUGA